GCGUGCACAAGAUUCGUCGGGCUCCGGAGGAAGGACCACAUCCGGGGCUCUGUGGCCGCGGCACGGUUGCCAUGGUACCAGGGCGGCUGGCAGGCCUCCCAAGCCGAGGGCAGAGCUCGCAGGACCCGGAGGCCGCGCAGCGCUGCCGCUAUGAGCCUGGGCACCACAGAUAUAGCCUCGGAGACGGGAGAUGACAGUCUGUCUGCUAUUACCUUUGAAUCUGACAUUGAGUCGAAAACAAAAAGGAAAAGUUUCCACAAACCUCCUUCCACAUCACCAAAGUCGCCCUACUACUCCAAACCCAGAAAAGUGACCUCCUGGCGAUCUCUGAAGACGGCAGGGAGCAUGCCUCUGAGUAGCAGAAUGUCCUUGACCCCACAGAAGCUGUGGCUGGGAUCCUCGAAACAGGGUAGUGUGGCCCAACCCCCGAGCCCCACGCUUACCUCGGAGCACGCGUGGACCCACCCCCCCAGCUGCACUCCCGACUACCUGACAGAAGCCGUGAGAGCGAAGAGGGCAGACCUCAGGCGUUCUGGCAGCCAUGGUCACGUCUCUGGGACUUCCGUCUACAGAGAGAAGGAGGACAUGUACGACGAGAUCAUCGAGUUGAAGAAGUCCUUACAUAUGCAGAAAAGUGAUGUGGAUCUGAUGAGAACAAAGCUUCGGCGCUUGGAAGAGGAGAACAGCAGAAAGGAUCGGCAGAUAGAACAGCUUCUGGAUCCAAGUCGAGGCCCAGACUUCGUGCGAACCUUGGCAGAGAAGAAGCCUGACACGGGCUGGGUCAUCACCGGGCUCAAACAAAGGAUCUUCAGGCUGGAGCAGCAAUGCAAGGAGAAGGACAACACUAUCAACAAACUGCAGACGGACAUGAAGACCACCAACCUGGAGGAGAUGCGCAUUGCCAUGGAAACAUACUACGAAGAGAUCCAUCGUCUGCAGACCCUCCUGGCGAGUUCUGAAGCCACAGGAAAGAAGCCCAUGGUGGAGAAGAAACUGGGUGUGAAGAGGCAGAAGAAGAUGAGCAGUGCCCUGCUGAACCUAACACGGAGUGUGCAGGAGCUGACCGAGGAGAACCAGAGCCUGAAGGAGGACCUGGACCGCAUGCUGAGCAAUUCACCCACCAUCUCCAAAAUAAAGGGUAUCUGCCUGUGGGCCACUCACAGAGGGAGGCAUGAGGAGACGGGCCGCGUUCCACGGUGAAAGAAAAGGAGCCCCCCCCCCCCCCCGCUUCAAAGAUGGGGAGAUCUAGGCCACAAGCCUCAUAGCAGACAUAGCCUCUUAGCUGUGCAAAAGGAUUGUCAGUCGAAUGAACUGAUGCUCCACAGUGGUCCAGAGUAGCCUGGAAACACAAGGAGAGCAAGCUCUGGGUCUCUUGCUUUGUUUCGCAGUACUGGGGAUGAAGCCCUGGGUCUAAUGUUGACUAGGGAAGUGCUCUACUGCUGAGAUGCAGCCCAGGCCCUAGGACCCAGGGCUUUUUGUCUGAGCUAUGGAGAGAAUGGAGUUGACAUGGGCAGGGCGCGGUGCGGUGCUGAGCUCUGAGGCAGGUACAGGCCAUGCUGCAGCUUGCAAGAUGGGCACUGGCGAAGGGGCAUUCAGAAAGUUGGGCAAAGAGAGCCAGCUAGUAACGCAGCUAGUCAGCAGUGGCAGAGAGACAGGGUAAGAGCCAGGCCUUGAGGGUCCCAGGAGUGGAGAGUGAGAUUAGAGUUUGGAGUUUAUCGAUGGGGAAAAAUCAUCAGGCUGCAGAUGUGGCUCACCUGGGAGAGUGCUCACCUAGCGUGCAUGGAGCCCCGAGUUCGAGCCCCAUCACUACUUGACCCUGGCACUAUAGUGCAGCAUCUCAGUACCCAGGACAGAGCUCUCAGAAGCUCAGGGAUCUGCCCAGUUAGGUCCAAGCUGGCCUGGCCGGCAUGAGAUAAGGAACCCUCAGGGCAAGCACCUGCCCCACGGGGUCUGUGGCUUGUCUGGCAGCCUGGAGAGGCUGUGGGUCCAUGCCUGAGAGGAACGAUCCUACUACAGUAGCCCAUGGACACUGUCUUGUAAAUCCUACUGCUCUUAGGUUACGGGGACUGGAGCAAGCCCCGGCUGCUGAGACGCAUCGCAGAGCUAGAAAAGUGAGUUCCUCAGAAAGCCCAAAGCAAUCGACUUCAGAGCUGGUGAAUCCGAAUCCCCUGGUCCGCUCCCCAUCCAACAUCUCAGUGCAAAAGCAGCCGAAAGGGGACCAGUCCCCAGAGGACCUGCCCAAGGUGGCCCCGUGUGAGGAACAAGAGCAUCUCCAAGGAACCGUGAAGAGCCUGAGAGAGGAGCUGGGUGCACUGCAGGAGCAGCUGCUGGAGAAAGACCUGGAGAUGAAGCAGCUGCUACAGUCCAAGAUCGACCUGGAGAAGGAGUUGGAGACAGCCAGGGAAGGCGAGAAGGGGAGGCAGGAGCAGGAGCAGGCUUUGAGGGAGGAAGUUGAAGCACUCACCAAAAAAUGUCAAGAACUGGAAGAAGCUAAGAGAGAAGAGAAAAACUCCUUCGUAGCAGUGACUCAUGAGGCUCAUCCAGAGCUCCAUGCCCCCUCGCCCUGCAGCAGGCACUCCGAGCCAGACUCUGACAAUAGUGCUGGUGAGGAGGGUAGCUCCCAACCCCCUGCCCCAUGCUCUGAAGAGAGGAGAGAGGCUGCCAUUAGGACCCUGCAGGCGCAGUGGAAGGCCCACAGGCGCAAGAAAAGAGAAGCAGCUCUGGAUGAGGCAGCGACUGUGCUCCAGGCAGCCUUCAGGGGACACCUAGCUCGUUCGAAGCUUGUACGCAGCAAAGUCCCAGACUCCAGGUCUCCCAGCCUGCCGGGCCUUCUCAGCCCUCUUAACCAGAGUUCUCCUGCGCCCCGUGUCCUAAGCCCCAUCUCCCCGGCUGAAGAGAACCCAACACAAGAGGAGGCUGUCAUCGUUAUCCAGUCCAUCCUCCGUGGAUACCUGGCCCAGGCCAGGUUCAUUGCCAGCUGCUGUCGAGAGAUUGCGGCGUCCUCUCAGAGGGAAACUGUUUCAUUGACACCCUCAGGAUCUGCCUCCCCACCCUCCCUCAGAGCUUCUCCCGAAUGGGGUCCAUCAGGAAAGAACAGCGAGGCGAGCAGUGGGGAGGCUGCGAAGGACGAAGAUGAGGCAGAGGAACCGCCUGACCUGCAGCCCUACUCAGGAGUGAUCCGCAAGGAGCUCUGUGCCUCGGAGGAGCUGAGGGAGACCUCUGCAUCUGAACCUGCCCCCUCCGUCCCCUACUCCGCCCAAGGUGGCCACGGGGACUGCCCGUCCUCAUCCAGUCUGGAGGCUGUGCCCAGUAUGAAGGAUGCCAUGUGUGAGGAAAGGAGCAGCAGCCCUAGAAGCGCAGGGCCAUCCUUGGCUGAGCCCUCUCCCCCAGAACUGCAGCCCUUGUCACCACCACCUGUGGAGGACAUCUGCUCGGAUGACUCAGAUGACAUUAUCUUUUCGCCAUUUCUGCCCAGGAAGAAAAGCCCCUCCCCGUUCUAAGACCCCAGCCAUUGCCUCCAGGUGAGGUGGCUGGGGACAAGUCAGAGGACUCUAAAUCUUGCUAGGGAAGAGCCCUGCCUCACUCCAGAACACCUCAGCCAUCCAUUUUCUUAUGUGUCGUGCCUUUGAGGGGUGCUGGUGGCUCUGUACUCUCUGGGGACGGAGGGGGGAGGGUGGGCAACUCCCACUUCCAUUUCCCACUUUAGCCUGUGUGUUUCUAGUGCCCACAGAUAACGUCCACCUCAAGGCCAGGGCAGCAGACAGUCCUGCAAAGAGAACUCUUACAGAGUCUACUACUUGCUCUUAACAUGGCACUGUUAGCUGUCAUGUUGGCCUAGCCUUCCUGGUCUGCUGCUGCCCAGUGCCUUAACAGGUGCUACAGCUAAGCCUCCCGAGCCCACAGCAAGAUGCAGUCAUAGAAGAGCCAGCAAGAACCUAUGGCCAUCAGGGUCCCUAACUGAGUCCUUGUCCCAUGGGCUCCUUGUUCCUCCCGGUUUUCUCCCCCACUGCCUCCAUCACCCGCCCCAGGAGGAUGAACUCUGGGAAGAGGUACCAGGCAGCGUCAUCACAGAGUGGUCCAGCCACUAAUGAGAAGCAGCCCGAGGAUGGCUCAGGUCACCCAGACACAAGGCAAGGCAGCAGGGCCAGGAGGCAGGCAGCCCAUUGUCCCAGAGGAGAUAUGUCUCAGGGAAGGACAAAUUCCAGUACAGCCCUGUAACUGGGUGUGCAGAGGUACCUGCAGGUGACCGGUGCCAUCUGGCACCCUCAGCAUCUGGCAGCUUGAGGUGUUGGUCCCUUGUCUGUGAAAUUAGCUCCUGGCAGUGGGUGAGAAUGAGGGACUUUGGGCUUAGACAGGGUUUUAGGAGUAUCCAGGCUCCAUGUAACUUAGGCCUGCUGCCCAAGUGUCCCCUCCAGAGUGCCUGUUAGACUGGCUGCUGGUGGUCUCCAUAGGUCACUGGAGAUGGAACUUCCUGGUCCCAUAGAACUGAGAUUUGUCUCAAGGAAAACCUAAUAAGGUUCUUUCUUGGAGUAGACCAGUGGGGACCCCCAAGAGGUUUGCUUUUGGGGACCAUUUAGUUCCUGGCACCCUUCUCUACAAAACACUUGCCUGAUAGGACGUUCAGGAAGUGAGCUGGGCUUGCCAGUUAGAGACCAGGAAGAGGGAGGGCCCAGCUUUGUCUACCUGCUCCUGGAAGGUUUAAGCACCCCUAAUACUCUGAUGGGACCAGGGACAGCUGCCUCCCAUUUUUCUCCACCAGGGGGCAAAACACAACGCAGCCAUGGCCUGGAGGCUGCCUGCCAAGGUAGUUUCUCAGUGAACUGGUGGUAACUUUACUCACAUAGCAGCCGCCUGGAGCCCUCUGUAGAUCUGCUUCCUUGUCAGAACUUGGCUGUGUUCCCUGUGAUUGCUGCCACCCCUUAAAGCCUCAGACACCACCCACUAAGACACAAGACGGCGGCUACAGGUGGCCCUCAUGUGCCUGUACCUUUCCCGGGGCCAGGAGUGUCCAUGUGCCACUGCUCUGUCCCCUCCCUUAUUUAACUGCAGCCAUCUGUGCAUUGAGUGUUCCGAGUGAGCAAACAGUCAGGGUGGGGUGUUUUCACCCCCUUCACCUGGGGGGGGGUGCUCCACCUCAGGAAGGGGUUAUGCAAGAUGGCACUCUAGCUGCAGGGCCAACCUGUGCACCCAGCCUGGCCAGUGGGCAAUGAGGUCUGAUCAGCCCCCGCACUUGGGUUUUCUAAGAACCUGCCUCUGAAACACAGGAAAGCUGUAGCCUUCCCAUCCUUUGGUGUAGCAGCUCAUCUAUUAAAGGCAAAGCCUGUCUUGAAGCUGCCCCAGUAAAUGAGGGUGAAGCCUGAAGCCUCUGCCUUUGGCAGGUGUCCGUCCUGUGUUCUGUGCUCUCCACCCACGCGCCAUUGCCAGAGCAGACUGCCCCUGGCUGUCUGCAUCAGAGAAAGUGCCCGGGGGAGGGGGGCGUGGUAGCCUAUCUGGGGUGCAGGGGCAGUACAGUGAGCUCCCGCUGACUUCUCCAGGAGCCGAUGUGGGAACUGGAAGUCCUGCCGGCCUGAACGGCACCUGAUCUGUAAGACAAGAGUCCUUGUGCUUGGCUUGGUUGUGUAGGCACAAGUUCUCCAAGCCUGACUGGCCAGCCAGGGCCAUUGGCAAAACAAAAACUACUGAGGGGUGAGGUAUAUGCCAAUUGCCAGGGACUGUGGUAGGGUGGGGGGUGGGUCGAGGAAAGAGGAAGAAGAGUAGAGGCUGUGGGUUGGGCCAAGCCCUCUGGGAGUGUGCUGGUCUUGGACGCAGCCAGCUGUGGACUGGCAGUGGGGCCUUAAGAAGCAGCAAACUUCAUCCCUGGGGGUGAGUAGGAGUGGAGACCUUUGUAAGGACCUCUGACCUCAGCAUUCAGAACCAAAGGAGGCCCAGGUAUGUGCAGAGCUGGGUCAGUGACGUCACUGUGCCCUGAUUUCCACAGCAACAGCUCCACAUCACCUUGUGCUUAAAGAGCAGGAGUGAGCCUUCUGUGUAGGCUGGUAGGUAGCUCAUCUCUAAAAGAGCCCGUGCUCGCUUUGUGACCCCGCCCGAUGGGUGGCUGUCAGUCUGCUGACCGAGGCCUCACUCACUGCUGUAGCUGACCUGUGCGCAGAGCUGAAAAAGUGAAAGGCUACGCACACCGCUCACGUUUACACACGCGCUUGCCUGAGGCUCUGAGCCUCUCUGGAGAGUGCACAGGAAGCCAGCAGGGACCUCAAAAGCCAGGAACAGACUGGAGCCAUCCUCCUUGAAGAUGCUGCCCCUAUGAAAAAAAAAA